GUUUGUUUCAUGUACGGACAUCUUACGAGAGAUAACAUAUUGACUUAUUUUCAUUUAAUAUUUAUAUGUAUUAUAGUAAGGCAGAUAUACACAUGGCAAUGCUUUAAAGUUAUUUAGCAAAAUAUUUAUUGUUUAGAAUAAACUUUGACAUAUGAAAUAAACGGUGAAGUAAAAUGGGGAAAAGUGGAAAUGGAAGAAAACUCGUACAGACGGACAAUGCAUCGAAACAUGAUAAUUUAAUACGCGAAAAUGAAAAACAAAUGUCCGAAGCAGCAAUGGACGAGUUGGAUACCAGAUUACAACGUUUGGAGAACGCUAAUUCCGGAACUACAGAUGUUUACAAGUUUGCAUUUUUCUUUUUUAUGGGAGUUGUAUUGACUAUUUUGAUAUACCCGAGGGUUUCUUCGACGUUUGGUACAACAGCGGUUCAUUCCAGAGAUAAUUUGCAAGCUAAGAAAUCGGAUAGUGGUUUCAAUAUAGAACAAAUUGACGAGAUUGAAGAAUUACCGAGCGAAGAAUCUACUCCGGCUGGAGAAAAGAGAACAGAACAAAACAAGACAAAAACAGCAGGAGAUACACCGAAAUAUAAGCAAAAUAUUGAAAACGAAGACUUAGUUAAGAAAAAAGUGAACAAACGUGAAGUUAAAACUGAAAGCGCCGAAAGAAGUAAAAGAGACGAGGAAAAAGGUAAUGAUAAUGAACAAACACAUAAAAAUAAUGAGAAAGAUAUAACGAUGGAAGAACUUGAAGAAGAAGAAGGCGAACCUGUCAUUUUAAAACGGGAAAAAAAUGAGGACCUCAUGGUGGAUGAAUUUGAAGAAAGUAAUGCUGGAGAUACGAGCGAGGAUAUUAUCAAUAAUGAGGACAACGCCGAACCGCGACGGGUAGAAUUGUUUAGUGGAAACGUUGAGGAUAUUGCAAGUGAUCUGCCGAUAGAAAUAGAAAAAGUCAGUACAAAUCAACAAAAACCAGACCAGCAAAAGAAAAAAUCCCAAAAGACUAGUAAAAGUAGUAAGCCAUCUCAAGCAAAAUCGAAAGACAAGGCACGGAAAAAGAACAAAAAGGAAGAAUCUGAUCCAACGACCAACCAAAAUGUUCCAAAAGAAAUAAGGGAUUUUAAAGCCACCUACCAAAAGACGCUGACACCAAAGAAGGUGUUUGUGGACGGAAGACGAAUACCUCCGGUGGAGUUGUUGCCACAGAAACCGAACAACAGUAGUGUUAAGAUAUGGUUAUUCGAAGAAUUUUUGUCUGACGAAGAAUGCGAUGGAUUGAUGAGGGUGCACAAUAAGCACGUUGAGGAGCAGUCGACGGAUAAUCCGAUUCUUUGUUUCGACAGUGUAUCCACACUGCGAAAACAUCUGAAAAAUGUCGGAAAACGCGUGCAAGUAACGUCAAAUGAUUUUACAAAAGGUACUACAUGCGUAAAUGCUAGUUUCUCAGGACAGUUGAAGGAAUGGUUUAAAGGUAAUUGGAGUUACAGCACCGCCUUUUAUCCAGGGGAAAGCCGCUUUGCCACGGCCUUCGAACAGCGAGUCAAACAAGCCAUGGGUCUGAAUCCAGAAAACGGCGGAAAGUUUCAAAUCACUUCUUAUCCUAAAGACAUAGGCUACAAGUCCCACACAGACUGCACGGAAAACUCGGACGAUAAGCGGGACAGGAUGGCCACAGUGCUCGUGUACCUAGAUACAGUGUCUGAAGGCGGAGAAACGGAAUUUCCAGAGCUGGGAGUAUGGGCUCGGCCGCGGAAAGGAAGAGCACUCCUCUGGAACAAUAUGAACCCUGCGGGAGACUGUGAGCCAAUGUCUAUACAUAAAGCUAACAAGGUGAUUGAUGGACACAAAUUCAUCCUACAACGCUGGUAUUACUACAAGAGCUUUUACUCGCUUGGGAAGCGACCCCCGGAACCCCCACUCCCCGAGAGAAAGCCGGGACAACCUCGGGUAUCUUGUGAUGAAUAUGAACAUGGGAGCUGUCGUUGGUAUGACGAAUGGAACUUUGAACACAUGAUCGAAUAUGAAAGACAGAAAUAUACACUUGUAUAAGGAACAAACAGAAAUGCACAGAUACAUUUUAUAAUAUUAUAAUAUCUGUUUACACAUACAUCGGUACAAUAUAAUUUUUUACCAGUGUUUUUCUGUUUUUUUUUGUUUUCUGUUUUGUAAAUUCGAAAUAAAAGUAGGCGAACAGGGGCCUAGAAUUGUA